UAUGCUGAGUGUGCAUGCCUUCGACUCGCCGCUGACAAGCUGGCCGCGGCUACUAGCUUCACGGGUUAGCAUACCUAGCGUCUUACAUAUAUCCUCGUCAAGUUGGCCGGAUUUAUACCAGACCUUAGAUUUCAAAAUAAGAGCGCCCGCAUUACUCAAGCUAUUAACACGCAUGUCCUCGCACGUAUUGUGGUUUUAUUUUGAAAGCGUACUACCGGAAAUGCUUGUGUAGCCUGCUGGUAACCGACGGCGGGUGGAGGGACUUCUACUAUGCUGAGAUGGCAGCUAAGCUUUUUGUACACAUGAAGCUCACGAGCAGCGAAUAUAAAAGAUGCCAUUCAUAUUUUGGGUGUUUGAUGAAGCGCAGCGGCCAGCAGGUUUGCGCUUAAAACGAGGAAUGAGGAAUUGCUCGUGAUGCUGAAUUGCGACCGUUAUAGUAGGAAGGCUGAGCACGGGGAUUUCCUCGCCUGCUUGUUUGUAGGCGGGCAGUUGUUCGCCACUUUCACGAGACGGCGGUGAGAGGUUUUUUUUGGUGGGGGGGGGACAGAGAGUCGCGGAAUGUCAAAAAAAAACCUGUGCAGCUAGGUUGCUCCUGGGAUAAAACACUUUUAUGCCAAAAGGUGUCCGCGCGCUGUCUCUCACCGCGCUUCUUGGUUGGGUUUGUCAACUCAUGCGCUUCUUUGCUGUUCAAACCUGCUGCUUCAUCACCUCGUUGUGCAAAAAAAAAAAAAAAAAAAAAGGAGCAAGAGCGAGCCGAGGCAGCGGUUUAGCGCGAGAUCAGACCAACCAGCAGCACAGGUGGACGCGGCUCUCGUGGCAUGACUACCACAAACAAGGGAAACAAGGCCUUGAAGGUGAAGCGGGAGCCGGGAGAAAAUGGCACCAGCCUGACAGACGACGAGCUGGUGACCAUGUCUGUGCGGGAGCUGAACCAGCAUCUACGGGGUCUGACGAAGGAGGAGAUCAUUCAGCUGAAGCAGCGGCGACGCACCCUGAAGAACCGCGGCUACGCCGCCAGCUGCCGGGUGAAGCGCGUCACCCAGAAGGAGGAGCUGGAGAAGCAGAAGUCUCAGCUACAGCAGGAAGUGGACAAGCUGGCCACGGAGAACGCCAGCAUGAAGGUGGAGCUGGACGCUCUGCGCUCAAAGUACGAGGCCCUCCAGAGCUUCGCUAGGACUGUGGCCCGCAACCCCGUCACCUCAGCCAGGGGCCCCAUGGCCUCGGUCAUAGGGCCCCUCAUCCCCGGUAAAGUAGCUGCCACCAGCGUCAUCACCAUCAUCAAAUCCAAAACGGGGGCUAGGUCGUAGUAGCAGAAAAGGGCGGGAGGAAGAUUUUCCAAGACUAAGCUAGUCAGUGCAUUGUAACAUGCCGAAGGAUCGCCUGUGUAAGUUUUCCCAAAUUCACUCCCAAAGGAUGACUCAGCAGUCUGUACCAGUCUACAGACACGUCGUGCUUUAGGGUGACACAGUCGAACUGUGAGGUUUAGGACGUCGCAGUUGGUUGUUGAAGAACGCCGACAUAUUGGCAAUACUGACACGUUCCAUUUAGAAAGCAUAUCGUUGUUACAAAUACUUAAUAAGGCAAUAUUGGGUGCAAAAACUACAAAGCAGAAUUCCGACUGUUAACAUCUUGUUGAUUUUUGGAUAAUGCGACGUGUCCGUGUCCUUAAAACUGAGCUCUUGAGAUUUUUUUCCUUGUAGAGUCUCACAAACAUGUCAAAUCAUCCAGUUUAGACGUUAAAGCCCUGAACCCCUUUGCCUGUUAUUAUGCACUGACUUGAAUUUGGAUAAAUAACAAACGGUGUGAAUGCUACAGAUGUCUUCAUAACAGCCUGACUAACCCAAAACUAGUAACUGAGUCAAAAUUGUGAUUUCUUUGUCGGUUAGUCUGUCGAGACUAUAAGCGUGAAAUAAUGCUCCCGAAUCCAGCAUUCAUUUCUGUUUUAUCUGUGACCGGCUUUAACGCACUUGUCAUUAUCAAUAUGACUGGUAGAUGCAAUAAUAAUAUAUGUAUGCACUGAAAAUACAAAGAGGUCUUGCAUAUUUAUGGUUAAGUGGAAAUGUUAAAAAUGAAUCAGCAGUUCUUAACGACGAUGUUCCAGAGCUGAUUCCAAUAUGACAAGAUUCUUCUUCAAUAUGUGAAUGUUAUAACAGUAAUAUCCUCUUGUUUUGUGGGGGCGCUGAUAUCCACCAACAUUUUUGAAACUUUUUUUUUUUUUUUUGCUCAUAGAGAAAAUAUGUUCCGGUUGCUUUGUUUAAAAGAUAUAUAUUGCAUUUUUUUUAAUUUUUUGUAAUUACUUGUUGACAGGGCCGUCGGGAUAUUCCCAAAAAAAAAAAAAAAUCUUUACACAAGCUUUACUGUUUUGAAUUGUUAAGGUGUAGAAAACUUUGUCUAAUGUUGAGUUAUUGGUUUUUAUUACUAGGUAGAUUACCUUCCAUCAUUUAUAGAAAUACAGAUAAAAAAAAAACAUUCAAAAAAAAAAAAGUCCUGUGACAUCUUUUUUGCAAUUGUACCGAAAGUGGCUUACUAUUGAAGUCUGAUAGCUUUUUUCUAGUGACUAGGCGCGUACUGUGGGGUAGCGCGUGACGUGAUGUGUAAGUGACAAGUCGGCAGUGUCGUCACUGUAUAGAUGUCAACGCUGUGCUAUUUUAAAACAAAUCUGUAGAGCUAAACUAGGUGGUGUAAACAAGGUCAAUUGUCUUUGUGCGUAUUGGCAUCUGUGAUAUCCUCCGCUUCCUCGGUGUUCAUGUUGUCGUCAAGAAGUUCACCACAUUGAGCCAUGUGAGACGGUGAUCGGGUGAAAUGGCAUUAGUGACUUCUACCUGAAGCUGUGUAAUUGGUUGCACCUGGUGCUUGGAUGCCCUCGGAAACACAUCCUCUGUAACCCCCGAAAAAUAAUGGGACUUCAUUGUCGUAUCCAUUCCAGCCACUUAACUGGUUUAGAUCUUAAUUAAGGGAAGAGAAAUUAAUAACCUUUUCAAAUUUCGCUUUUGACGGACUAAAUGUGAAGUUUUUUUCCCCUCCUCCAAAUAUCUACAGCGAUCAGAUUGCGUCAAUGAACUUAAAGGGUAACCGGCCAAUCACGGCGCAGCAUCACGAGUGUAGAUGCACCCACUGGUCUUCAGAUUAAAGGCGGUAGAGUUCGGCUGAGGGUCCGUAUGCACUAAGCUCCUGCUUGUUUUGCUCAGGAUUAAACAGGUCACUCUCUAAAAAAAAAUGAACAAUCCAUUCUAGACGAGAGACAGAGAGAGAGAGAGAAGCAGGGAUGGCAGCUCUGUUCAUUUUUGCUUUUUUUAUUUUAUUUAUUUUUUAUAUAUAUAAACAUGUCAUCAAGGGCUUCAAUCCACACUCGGAAAAGAGACGCAAGCAAGACCAUGUAGGAUUACAAUCAAGCAGCGCUCCAGUGGAGCGGUUCUCCACCUCAAGGUGAAAGUGGUCGUGUAAUGACAUUAAACAGAAUGCGCUUCAUCCAGAUCUCACUCCCCUGGUGGUUCAGAAUGUCUUCAUAGUGUCGGCAAGGUGUUGAUCUCAAAGCUAUACGCCUCUCAGCGGGAAAAACAACUCCACGCCAGAGAGACCUGGGUGCCCGGUGUCUUAUCGUCGACAUUGCUUAGCUCUCACCAUAGACUGGUGAACUGUGGGAAUGAUAUAUAUAUCUGACUCUUGACAUAGCCCAGUAUUGAUGUUGGCGUCCUUAUUGCUGUGGCAAAGUCUUGUGGAGUGAAUCUUUUUUCGGUGUCAAGUGUCUUUUAAAAAGGUGUUUCGAAAGCGGGCACCGUCGACCAAUCUCUCCGCUCGAGGGUGAUCACUCUUCUCUUUCUCACACAUACAGUUGUGUAGUAUGUAGCUACAGUAGGUAUUAAUGACCAUUGUGAAAAAGUGACCCUUAAAUAUGCAACUCAGUGGAAAAAGGUGUGAAAGAGUAGACGUAAGAGUAAUCAAUAUUGUCAAAGUGACUAUGGUCUGUUAUUCAAUAAUUCUUGCUGUUUUGUAGGUUGUUCCUUUUUUUGUAAAAUGUGUUUUUUUUGUUGUUGUUUUUUAUCCCUAAAUGGAAGAGCAAUUGGCCCUUGUUUAUAGCAGCGGACAUGUAAAAGUGUGCAGUGUGGAAUGGUGAGACAGUUGCACUCGAGCCUUACUCACUAAUUGCCCUGUUCUUUAAAUUAGCUGAACGACUGGAUCCAUAAAUUGGACUUGGAUAUCUGACUGAAAGAUAUUGCUAUUAUGUAAAUGUCUGUGCACUAGAGUGAAAUAGAUGCUACGAUAGAUUCCGUCACAAGGGCCGCUUGCAAUAAAUUUUCUUUUCUUUUUGGUAUGCGUGUGUGCGCGUGUUUUGUACGUUUUCGAGGUUCCUCCGCUGCUACUCCAGUCAUUAAUGCUCCUCGUUUGCUGUAGAGUCAUCCACAUCGUUUUCUGUUCUCAUUAUGUGUCGAGUGUGUAUUUGAAAAUUGAUCUUAACACUGGAAUUUGUUCCGCAGAUUUCAUUUUUAAUUGGUUAUGGCUUUUAUUUAUUUUCUGUUUUUGUUUUUAGAGAGGAGAUAAAUCACAGCACUUGUGUGUCAGUUGAAUUUAAUUCAAGACAUUGGCUUAUUUUUUUCAUGAUAAUUUGCUUUGAAAAACAGUCGACUGUGCAGGUUUCUCCAUGGAGUGGGUCUGUCUUUUAAAAGGUAUACAAAUCUGACUAAAGCGAGUAAUACACAGUGAAUUAUCCGUUUUUUGUUAUUUUUCUGUAUGGGUUGUAAUAAAAAUAUUGCAGUACUUUGUAUGAAAACAAACGAUAGUUAAUUGUAACUAUUUAUAAAAUUAAAUUAUUGUACUUUUUUGCAAUCUGUAGAUAAGUACUAUGUAUUCAUAUAUACAGUAACAACUGUGGAUUUAAAUGUGAUUCUCUGAGGUGUCUAAGUUAUUGAUGUAUAUAUUGUAUGUUUGUUGAUACAGCUUCCUUUAUUUUCUAAAUAAGACCAAUAAAAUGUUUUGAAAAAGGAAAACUUCUCUCUUUGGAGGCUC